ACAGUUUUUAGAAACGUCAUCUAAUCAAUUAUAUUGUCAAAUUAUAAACUCACUUGAUAUCAAAAAUCUUUAAUUACCAGAAUUAUGCUCAGGCAUAAUUACAUACGCCCCCACAUCGUCAAACAAGGUUGAAAUCUUUAUCCUACGAACCUACUCGUUGUCCCCUUCGUAGUUGGACAGGGGAAGCCCUUGAAAUAUACUUAUUUAACGUCUAAUCGAAUUAUCCCUCUCUCGUUUCCACGGUUGUUCCUUGUAUCAGCCAUUAUUCAGAGGUGAACAAUGGUGGUGAUAGUUUGCUAGCACGUUUUAAAUCGUUCUUGUUGACACGGGAUCAGUGCGUGUCGUCCUUCAAGCUUUUCCAUCGGGCAUAGAAAAAAAAAUGGAGGUACUGAUCGACUGUUACUUCGACAAGCUGUUUGCUGAAAUGGAACGCAGUUGCUUGGCCUCCCGAUACAAACGUCGCGAGAUGGUUGGCUAUUUUUCAGAUGUGAUAAAUAGCUGUUCGGCAGCAGAGAACCUAGAUAAACAAGAUGUCUGCGAGAGGAUAGUAAUGUCGGCCCUUCGCUAUCACAACAUCGCAAUGAUGGAAAACGGCUAUGUGUGCCUUCUCGGCAAGUUCCACAACGUGCUCUAUGUGGCAGCGAAACUGUGUUUCGACUGGAACCUGAACAACAACGAGAUCGUCUCCAGACUACUCAAUGACAUAUUCUACUGCGAGAAAACGUUCGAGCGUAUUUUGGUGGGGGCCAUAUUCGGUACACGAGUGACUCACUUCCUGUCCGGUUGGAAAAGCGACUUCGAGGAUCGCGAAGAGAAUCUUCGAGCUCUAAUGUAUUUCUUGCAUCACGCUACAGUCGGAAGACUCGAGUAUCGUUGCGCGUCUUCGCUCGAUAAACGACGAUUCAUUGACGUUCCUAUGGAGUCUUAUGGGCAGGCAUUGCCCUUGAGAGUGGCCAUUCAACACGGCUCUCCGGAUAUUCUUUUGAUCAUGCUCCGUUACGGGGCCUCGGUCGAGUCUGACAAAUUGGCUCCCUCUCCGCUCGAGAUGCUCCUGAACAAGCUGAGCGAGUACGACGCUCAACCCGGCCAAGAUCAGAUCGUGUUCCCAGAACAGUUGCUACUUUGCUUGAAACUCGUGCUGAGAACCGUGACGACUGCCUUCGUGAAGACGCCUGGACACAUAGCCGAACAGAGCGGCAUUUUCAGCGUUUCCAUUUACGAACAGUACCCAACUCUGGUCGAGCAGAAGUUGGUGCCGCCGGAGAGAAGUGGCAUGAGUCCGCCGGAACUGAGGCAUCUUUGUCGUUGUCGCAUCCGAGAGACUUUGUUCGAGAACUGGGCGUUGCCGCAUGGGAUUCAGAAGCUUCAGAUCCCGGAGUCGCUGAGGAAUUACUUGGACCUUCUCGGUGAUUGAGGAUACUGUGCAGAGGUGGUUACCUCUUAUGGCUGAAUGGGUCUAGAGACUUUAAUCAAUGGAUUUCCGAAGCUUUGGAAAGAAGGUCUCGUAUAUCGAAAGAUAAGCUUUUUGGGAAUUGAUCUGUUUCGUGUGAAAAUGGAUUUAGUAAGUUUCAGCGAACUCCUACGAUCGGGGCCUUAUAAUAUGCGUAUAAUGAUCGUUUUUUUAACUUUAGCUUCUCUACUUACUCAAAGUGUAUUUGAACCUUUCCGAAUUAUCUGUGUACAUGCUGUAUGUGUUGUGUGUGUUGCAUAGAUAUAAGUUAGGACAUUUUUAGCUGCGUAUAAAGUGACCUUAAGAUAUUUGGAAAUCCAAGUAUUACGUGUAUUCUAUGCGAUAAUGUGUUUGUAUGGAAUAAAAUAAAUUCAAAAAUUUAUGAAAUAUAGUUUAAGAUACCAAAGUUUAAAUUUCAUGUGUACAAAUUACAGAAUUCGUAAUAUUUUCCUUCGAGGAUUUUUCUCUUUUCCUUCCAUCUAUAAAAAUAUAAUAUUUUUCGUCUAUUCAUAUUCUCUGGUCACCUUGGAAAGAAAGAUAUAAGAAAUAAACGCAUUUACAGAACAAAAUAGGUCACUCGAUACACGAUUGUGAGACUCGCAGUUAGACAGUUUCUAUGAACGCGUCUGAAGUUGUUCGAGCAGGAUGAAAUCGAACUGGUACACGAUUUAACAGAAGUGUGUUUCGAAGAGUUUGAUUCGUAAAAUGCAUACGUUGCCUGUUCGCUAAAAUGCUUUAAACCUGUUCGUAACUUUCGAUGCAAUUUCUUUCGAACGGUGCCUGGACCGUUGUAUACCUAUAUCGAACUUCCUGAUCGAACUGCCGUCAUAUAAUAACAGGUUGACCGUAUAAAUUUCGAUUCUGGUGGAUCGACUUUUCCAUUUUGUACGAGAUAUUUUACCUUAAACUCGCGAUAUGAUAAAAUACAUACACAGCAGUGACACGGUGUUUCUCAUUCAAACGAUCAAACUCUAUCAAUAUGGAAGAGAAAAGUGUGACAGAUACAUAACUUGCAAAAUGCUUCCACUGAACAUGAUUAAAGGUUCAGAAAAACGGUGUUCUAUGCAUUUUUUAUUUAUUACUUUUUAUUUCAGAGUAAACUUGGUUUGAGAAAUAAAAUUUAAUAACUUAUGAAUUUUUCGAAACUGCCCGGUAUUAACUACUUAACGAUUAUAGAUAUUCGAUUAUUGGAAAAGUUUGUAACGCUUCUUACAAACGAUAUUAAGAUAGUUAAGAUAAAUACUUGGCUCAAGUGGAAGGAAAUUAUUUAUUACGAACUUCUGCCGAAUAAUAAAAUGCUGACUUUGAAAAAGUACUGUUCCAACUUGGACGUCUAAUGCGGCAAUUAAGGAGAAAAGUCUAGGAUCAGCCGAUAAAAAGCAUGUCAUUCUUCGGCGACACGAUAUUUGCCUUCGUGGAUCGAUGAAAAGUAGACAAAAAGACGUUGGACAACCAAAAAUGUUCAAUCUGAUCUCUGCUUUGUUCAUUGAAUAUCGCAUAGUCGCACCAUAAUUUAUUCUUGUUUUUUCUAAAACUUUCUUCAAUGGCAAUAAAUGUGCUUGCAAAGAUUAUAUCAAAGAAAAUGCGAUAAGUUUUUUGGAAUAACAACGAUAAAGAAAUGUUUACCAAAGAAUAGUGGAACACAACGAGUGAAAUUCAGAACGUUAAAUUCCAACUAUUCCAAGUAAACGGAUCGAAACAAUUUCAAUGUCGAUCGAAGCAAGGUUUUCACUCAGAUGUGAUAGACAGAAGACAAGUCGUGGCGGGUUAAGGGAAAGUUAGGUUCAAUAGGUCUACGAUAAUUAUACACGAUAAUAUCCUGAGGUUAAUGACUGCUAAGAAUAAGAGAAAUUAUAUACCAACUACGAUCACUCGAGACAUCGUUCGUUUUCAUAAAAUGUUUUCCCCUUUUUGCGAAACGCUUGGCACGAAAGAAAACUCAAUUUAUAAAUUCCGCACUUUGAUGCAACCACAAAUAUGUACGCUAUGUUGCGACUGAAAGUCGAGUUUGCCAGUGGAUUACAUUUUUCGUAAAACUCUUACCUAUUGUUGGUAUUGCGCCAUCAGAGUUUACGAUCAUUAUGAAAUAUUGCGACGAAGUCGGGCGCACUGUGUUAACCAAAAUAGAUUAAAGCGUUUUAACGAAGAACAAACUACGAAUAAAUUAUCUCUGUGUAAAUUUCGAUACAAGAGUGAGAAAAUUGUUGCUGUAUAAUUUAUACAAAUCGCUGUUUUCAUGACGUUAACGCGUCCAUCAAGUAUGGUUAAUGUCUCGGCGAACAACAGUGAUAUUGAAAUUUAAAAUACCCUGGAGAUCAGUUGACAGACGUGUAACUGUUUCACUGGCGUUUUGCAUUAAAUUUUAUCCCUCUGCGUCCAAUGUAUUUCCCACGGGGAUGAUAGCUCAACAAUCCUCCUAGAUUUUCCCGAAUUCGUAUAAUUGAAUUACCUCCUCCCUAAACAAUUCGUUCGAGCAUAAUGUUGCUGGACACGGUUAACUGUCGUUUACCAAUUAUUCGAGUUCUGAUAAUUCGAGAUAACGUAAGAGAGUAUCGUACAAAAAUUCCAAAGUUUUUACCGUAAUAAAUUCUAUGAAGCUGUGAUAUAAGUAUUUAACUAAAAGUGUUAUAACGCACUGUAUAAUGUUUGAGUUGUUACCAUAACGCGAACUGGAGCACCAGCAACAAAGUGAUUAACUUCCAAAACAAUUUUAGUAUAAUGUGCGAAGUUAUUGUUUACGUAUUUAAUAAAUGAACAAAUUGGCGUCUCAUGGUGGUGAUAUAUUGUUAAUAAUAGACAUAGUUCAAAAGGCACACAACAAUUCACUGUUGUUCGUUUGAGGCAACAUAUUACUUUGAGCAUUGAUUAAUAUAAAUAACAAGUUUAAACAUUAUCGUAAUAUUGCUUCGAGGGAUUGUUUCAGGUCGAUUCAAUACAUUUGAAUAUUUCCUACAAGAUGCUAUAGCAAACACUAUAUAGUUACUUUUAUACAAAACAGAACAAUGAUCAUACAAAAUUCGAAAGAAGAUGGCCAUCAUAUCAUAUAUAAUAAGACGACUAUAAAGAAAUCUCUUUUGUAAAAUCAUUUGAAUUCGAUCUCAAACAUUGUCUAUACUAUUGGAGAUAAAAGAGAUAUUUUAAUUAUUCAUUAGAACGGAAAACCUCAUAUAAAUUUUCAAUCAGAUAUGUUCCAUAUUCUGUGAAAUUGUAAAACCUUUUAAUCAAAUUACGAAUAACUGCAAUUCUACUAUUUCAAACGCAUUACGAUUGAAAAUAUUUCGUCAUCGCUUUAAUCUGUAAAGAGCAACUCUGAAACAAAUAAAAUUGCUAGUACUUUGCAAAUUACUCUAACAAGCCUCUUAACUUUCCUUCCUUCUUUAAUAAAAGGCCGAAUUCCCAAGCGAAAUCCCAACGGUAAAAGCUUCAAAAAUAAACCGCUUACGAUUCGAAAGGAAACAUUCCGGUUGCGCGUUUCACGAAUUCGGCCAAAUUCAGCACCGACUUUUUCCAAUGCCAGCAAGCCUCGAAAAUAG